AUGGCCGCCGCCGACCUCACGCUGCUGCUUCUCGCGUCUCUCCUCGCCAUCCCGCUCUACUUCCUCUUGGCCACCACCAGACGCAGCAGGACGCCGCCACGCGGGAGCAAACCGCGGCUCCCGCCGGGGCCGUGGGCGCUGCCGGUGAUCGGGCACCUGCACCACCUGGCCCGCCCGGGGGGCGGCCUCCCGCACCGCGUGAUGCGCGAUAUGGCGCGUCGCCACGGCCCGCUCAUGCUGCUCCGGUUCGGCGAGGUCCCGGUCGUGGUGGCGUCCUCCGCCGCCGCGGCGCGCGAGGUGAUGCGGACCCACGACGCGGCGUUCGCGUCGCGGCCCAUCGGGCCCAUGUCGCGGCUCUGGUUCCAGGGCGCCGAGGGCAUCCUCUUCGCGCCCUACGGCGACGACUGGCGCCACCUCCGCAGGGUGUGCACCCAGGAGCUCCUCACCGCCCGCCGCGUCCACUCCUUCCGCCCCGUGCGCGAGGACGAGCUCCGCCGCCUGCUCGCCUCCGUCGCCGCCGCCUCGGCGUCGGGGACGGGGACCGUCGUCAACCUGACCGAGAAGAUAUCGACCUACAUCGCCGACUCCACGGUGCGCGCCAUCAUCGGCAGCCGACGGCUCAAGGACCGCGACGCGUACCUGCGGAUGCUCAAGGGCCUCUUCGGCAUCAUGCCCGGGAUGAGCCUGCCGGACCUCUUCCCGUCCUCGCGCCUCGCCAUGCUCCUCAGCCGCGCUCCUACCCGGAUCCAGGCCUACCGCCGCAGCAUGCGACGGAUCAUGGACGGCAUCAUCCAGGAGCACCGGGACAGGGCAGCCGCCGCCGACGGCGACGACGAUGAGGACUUCGUCGACGUGCUCCUCAGACUUCAGAAGGAAGUGGACUCCCAGUUCCCGCUCACAACCGAGAACAUCAAAACCGUCAUGCUGGACAUAUUUGGCGCGAGCACGGAGACGUCGACGACGACGCUGGACUGGGCGAUGGCCGAGCUCCUGCGGAACCCGAGGGCGAUGGAGAAGGCGCAGCACGAGGUCCGGCAAGCGUUCGCCGGCCACGACACGGUGACCGAGGACGGCCUAGCCGGCCUGCGCUACCUGCGGCUCGUCAUCAAGGAGUCGCUGCGGCUGCACCCGCCGGCGACGAUGCUGGUUCCGCGCCAGUGCCAGAGUGCGUGCCAGGUGCUCGGGUUCGACGUGCCGGCGGGCAUGACGGUGGUCGUGAACGCGUGGGCGAUCGGCAGGGACCCGGCGCACUGGGACGAACCCGACGCGUUCUUGCCGGAAAGGUUCGAACAGAGCACCAGGGACUUCAGGGGCGCGGACUUCGAGUUCAUACCGUUCGGUGCCGGGCGGCGGAUCUGCCCCGGCAUGGCGUUCGGGCUGGCUCAUAUCGAGCUCGCGCUCGCGGCGUUGCUGUUCCACUUCGACUGGAGCUUGCCGGGUGGGCUAGCUGCCGAGGAGCUGGACAUGACCGAGGCAUUUGGGAUUGCUACGCCACGGCGUUCCGACCUUUUGGUGGUGGCAAUCCCUCGUGUCCCACUGCCCAUGAAGUGA